AUGAAGUCAGCUACUGGUCUUCUCUUGAGCGCAAGCGCUCUUCUCGGUGCCUCGUGCGUAAACGGUCUUGCCGAAGAGGUCUUUGCUGCGAUCGACAAACAGGAUGACGGUUUGAGGACAGUCAACAAGGAAAUCUGGGAGAAUCCUGAAUUGGGAUACAAAGAGGUGCACGCACACAAGAUACUCACGGACUUUCUUGAAGAGCAAGGGUUCAAUGUGACUCGUAGCGCAUACAACUUGAGCACCGCGUUUCGUGCCGAGUACUCAAGCGGCGAGGGACGUGCCGUCUCAUUCAACUCGGAAUUCGAUGCACUUCCCGGAAUUGGACAUUCUUGCGGACACAACCUGAUCGCGACGAUCGGUGUUGCUUCCGCGAUUGGCGUCAAGGAGGCUUUGGAGAAUCAGGGUGUGUCGGGGAAGGUAGUACUCAUCGGUACACCCGCAGAGGAAUCUAUGGGCGGCAAGGUCAAACUUCUUGAAGCAGGUGCAUACGAUGACCUUGACUGUAGCUUGAUGGCCCACCCUGGCAAUGACCUUUAUGCGUCGUAUGGACGUACGCUAGCUUCUUGGAGAGCUAAUGUCACCUGGAGCGGAGAGGCCUCGCACGCAGCCGCCGCACCUUGGCUGGGUCGAAAUGCCCUCGACGGUUUCGUAUCCGCGUACUCAAGCACUGGACUCUACCGCCAGCAGCUCAUGUCGACGGAUCGCAUCCAUCACGUCAUCCAGGGAACGAGCGACAUGGUAGCCAAUAUCAUCCCGGAUUUCGUCGACACCGUGUGGGGCGUACGAGGCAAGUCCCGACCCCGCGCCGAGCAGGUCCGAGAACAGCUCUUCCGGAUCCUGUAUGCGUCUUCAAACGCUACGAACACAUCCAUCGAGAUCACUCCAUUUCAAGACUACUGGGAUCAGAACCCCAGCUUUCAAUUAGCGCAGGCAUACUACAAUCUCCAGAAGGAAUAUCUUGAUCCGUCUGAAGACAGUGAAACAGCCAACUUCACCAUCACAGCACCCGAGGACGACGACGGCGAAGCAUCAGCGUCGUCCGACCAGGGUAACGUUUCGUGGUUCCUGCCUGUGAUUCAAGUUAGCUUCCCCGUUGGGGGUACAGCGCCUGUACAUAAUGCUGGGUUCCGCGAGCUUGCUGGGACUGAUUUCGCCCAUGAGCAGGCGAUAAAGACGGCAAAGGCGCUUGCGUUGACUGGAAUACAGGUCUUGCAGAACGAGACUUUUGCUGAGGCCAUGUGGACCGAGUGGGAGGCGAUGAUCAAGGAGAUUUCGGUUGGUCUUAGUGAGAACAUGGGGAACUCGACAAGGAAUUCCACGCGGAAGCGCCACGUACACUAA